AAAUGUGAAAAGGGUCGUUAAACAAGAGAAGAAGAAUCGAAACUGAAAGUGUGCCUUCAUCUUCAGAGAAGACGCCAUUUUCAGACCACCGAAAACCAAAACGGUUUCCAUCAUAACUAUUGGAAAAGGAACAGAUCCCAGGAGUCAGAGCAGCUGAAGAUUAAAGAAAAAGAUGGAUGAGAAACGGAACAUCAUCAUGUCCAGCGGAGAGAGCAGAGUGAGUGAUCUGAGGAUUGUUCUUCUGGGUAGGAGUGUGUCAGAGAACAGCCGAGUGGGAAACUUCAUCUUAGGAAGAGAAGCGUUUGACAGUGGAUCAGAGCCGUACACUGAGAGAAUCAGAGGAAAACACAUGACCGUCAUCAACAUGCCUCUGCUGCUCCAGUCAAAUCUCAUGACACAGGGAGUGAAGGAGUGUGUGUCUCUGUCUGCUCCAGGACCUCAUGUGAUCGUUCUGGUCCUCAAACCUGAUGAGUGUUCAAGAGAAGAGAAAGUGUGUGUGGAGAUGGUGCUUAACUGUUUCUCUGACAGUGUGUUUGAACACACCCUGGUGCUCACGACUCAAGAGCCAGACCGUGCUGAGCCGACUGAAGUCAGUGACGUCAUGAAGGAAAUCAUUCACAAGUGUUUGAACAGACACUACAGACUGGGGAGAAACAGCACCUCUGCUGACCUUAGAGCCACAUUUGAGGACAUUGUUCAAGGGAACGAUGGACGUUACUUGACUUGUAACAGAUAUGAUGAUUUUGCUACAAAAGCCACAGAAGGGGCAGCACAGGUGGAAACAGGUCAGGAAAAGACAAAUAGACCGUGCCAGUCUGCUUUUAACGACAAUGAGAAAUCAUCAAGAGAAAACACAAGCAGCAAAAACAUGGGAAAUGACCACAGUGAUGGAAAGGGCUUAAGGGUUGCACAUGAUAUAAAGAACAGCUGGAGCAUAAAAAUAGCUGAUGGAAACAAUGAAAACCUGCCCAUGUUUAAACUUCUCCUGUCUGAAACAUGGAAAAACAGAGAUGGAUUCUGCAGAAGAAGCACGUUUGGGAAAGAAAACGUCACAAAAGAGAACAAGACCAUCAUGAUGAUCGGAGCCACAGGUGCAGGAAAAUCCACUCUAAUUAACAGCAUGAUCAACUACAUUCUGGGAGUGAAAUGGGAAGAUGACUUCCGGUUUGUGCUGAUAGAUGAAGGGAAGCAGAAAUCCCAGGCUGAAAGUCAGACUUCAGCAAUAACGGCAUAUCAAAUCAAUCACAUGGACGACUUCAAGGUCCCUUAUUCUCUGACCAUAGUGGACACACCAGGAUUCGGUGAUACCAGAGGAAUCUCACAUGACCAGAAGAUCACAAAGCAGAUUCAGGAGUUCUUCUCAGCCCGUGGAGGGAUCGACCGCAUUGAUGCCGUGUGUUUUGUAGUCCAGGCUUCACUUGCCCGUCUGUCACACACACAGAAAUACAUCUUUGACUCCAUUCUUUCCAUAUUUGGGAAGGAUAUUUCUGGAAACAUCCUUGUGCUGGUCACCUUUGCAGAUGGGAAAACACCUCCCGUUCUCGAGGCCAUCAAAGUCUCUGGCGUGCCCUGCUCCACCAAUGAGUCUGGAGAGCCUCUUCACUUCAAGUUCAACAACUCUGCUGUGUUUGCUAACAAUAAUCAGUCUGCAGGGGAUGAGGAUGAGGACUCUGACUGUGAAAACUUUGACCAAAUGUUCUGGAAGAUGGGAUUUUCUAGCAUGAAAAAAUUCUUCACAUCCCUUAACACGAUGGAAACCAAGAGCUUGUCUCUGACACAGGAGGUCCUGAAAGAGCGACAGCAGCUGGAAGUGCUUGUGGAAGGCCUUCAGCCCCAAAUCAAUGCUGGUCUGUCAAAACUGGAUGAAAUCAAAAAGACAAGAGCAGCUCUGGAGCAGCACAAGGCUGAGAUGGAGGCAAACAAGAAUUUUGAGUAUGAAGUAGAAGUAACUGUCCCAAAAGAGAUCAGAAACAACACUGGCUACUACUUAUCCAAUUGCCAGAAGUGUCACUUCACAUGUCAUGAAACAUGCCAAAUUGCAAAUGACAGUGAAAGAUAUAAGUGCAAUGCCAUGAAAGAUGGAAAGUGUACGGUGUGUCCAGGAAAGUGUGCUUGGAAUGUGCACUUCAAUCAGAAAUACAGAUGGACUUAUGUCACAGAAAAGAGAAAGGAAACCUAUAAGGAUUUAAAAAAGCGAUAUGAGGCUGCACAUGGACAGGUCAUGUCAAAAGAAAACAUCUUUGAAGAACUUGAAAAUGAGUUUCAGGUUGUUCAGUCAGGUGUGACCAGAGUAAUUCAAAGAUCUCAAAAGUCCUUGGAGCGACUGCAGGAAAUCGCCCUCAAGCCCAAUCCUCUGUCCACCCCUGACUACAUUGAUCUGAUGAUUGAGUCCGAGAAACAUGAACGCAAGCCUGGGUUUAAAGAUCGCAUUCAGUCUUUGAUGGCUGUCAGGAAGAAGGCAGAGAUCAUCAGUAAGUUUUCCACAGGAGAAGUGCUUCCAGAGGAUUGGAAACAGUACAAACCUGCAACAAGAAAAAAAGCUUUCUAUGAUCCAAGAACCUGGUUCAGUUGGCCCAGUAAUCACUAAAGUAAUUAACCAAAACAUGUGGUUCUGUGGUAAGAUGCUCUGAAUGCAUUUUUAUUAUACUUACACACACUUUAAUACUUUAAAAAUACUUUUAUGGUGUAGAUUCCUGUAUUAUUUAGCCUAUUUUUGUCAGUCUUUUUAUUGUCAUUUAGUAAUACAUACAAAGACUCCCAUCCCCACAGAACAAGCUUUCACUGCAUGUUAAAACAUAGUAAAUAAAAUAAAUAAAUAAAAUCCACAUAAAUAUACAUUUAUAUACAUACAUAUACACAUACAUACAUACACAUCAAAUUAAAUAAAAUAAAUACAAAUAAAUGAACAACUAAAUAAAUAAAAUCAGUGUGUGUUAACAGAGGGUAGGCUAAUAACAAAAAUUGAUCAAGACAUAAUUAACUUGGGAUCCAUGUUAUAUAUCCAAGUCAAGACCGGCUGCCAAGCAACAUUGAAUUUACAGCUAUUGCCUUUUACUGAGAAACAAAUUUUUUCCAGUGUCAAAUAGUGCGUAAGAUCUCUAAUCCAUUGUGCAAAGGUAGGUGGAUACUUAUCUUUCCAUUUUAUAAGUCUUCUUGCUAAAAGGGUGGCAAAGGCCAUCACACGUUUAGCACUGUUGUGUAGUCUAAUACCAUAUUUUGGCACUCCAAAUAUAGCCGUGAUAGGAGAGGGUUCAGUUGGUGUCUGGAGUACUACUGAGAAAAAACAAAAAAUUGAUUUCCAAAAGCCUGUAAAUUUUGAGCAUGACCAAAACACAUGCGAAAGACUGGCUUGUUCCAUUCUACACAUAUCACAUAUUGCAUCUACUUUUGAUGUGAAUUUGGCUGGCUUCACCUUAGACCAGUGCAAUCUAUAAACAAUUUUGAAUUGAAUGAUUUUGUCGCAUACAAAUUGAAGGAGAAUGUAUCCUAUGUAUAGCAUCUUGCCAAGACUCCUCUGUCAUUUGCACUUCAAGCUUAUCUUUCCAAUGUUUUUUCAGUGAGAUCAUAAAAACUUGAUUAUCUGAAUUCAGUACUGAAUAAACUGUUCCAAUAAUCUUCUCAGCAUAUGGUUUAAGUUCUAGUAUAGUUUCUAAAGUAGAUUUAGGUGGUGGUAAUGGAUAUGUUUUUGAGCAUGAUGACAAAAAACUGUGUAAUUGCCAAAUCCAUACAUUUAAAAUUGAUUUGUUGUACAGAAUGAGCUGAAUAUGUCAUGUAUCACAAAUGAUCAGAUUGUAUCAGAAUGCUGUUUUGGGAUGAUGUAAUUUUACUGUCACUGAGCGUUUAAUUGAUUCUGCUUUAUAGAUUUUGUAUCUUAUUCACUUUCAAAUAUAUGAUCUUUUUCUAAAUGUAUUAAAAACAUUGACAUUGUCAAGUACAAUUCAGUUUCAAAUCAACAUAUCUAUUUCAGCAAAAUACAGUUAACUUGGAAGGAGAACAAAAUUCUGAAUUCAACACAAUAAAUUCUCGUUUUCACAUUCA